AUGAUGCGUUCUCUAUUCCUUGCACUAUUCUUUGCUCUUAUUGCCAUGUCGGCUGCACAAUUGAGGGUUCGUGAUCUCGCAGAGAUUGCCGAUAUGGCCGAUCCAGAUGAAACCCGAUUCAAACCAGUUGUCCGAGCACGAUUCCUUUCAAGUAGUUCUUCCACUCCAAAGUCUUCCAAAAAGUCCAAGACUGGUGAUUCUUCAUCGGGUUCCAAGUCUUCCAAGAAGUCAUCUUCGGAUAGUUCUCCUUCUUCCCCAACUGCCCCAAGUGUCACUACUCCAUCCAGUGUCUCUUCGCCAUCAAGCCUGACUUCGCCCACAAGUGUGUCGUCCCCCACCACCACAAGUCGCCGUUGGUAA